AUGAGCCCCGCCGACCUCGACCUCCUGCACGUCCCCUGCGACUUUGAGGCGUCCCUGUUCGACCUCGACAGCCUGAGCCCCGUCCAGCUCGCCGUCGCCUCGCUCAGAACCGACCUCGACAGUCUGGUCCAGCGCCGAGCCUAUCACGAGUUCCUCCAGCGCCGAGACGAGUGCGAGCAGGGCUUCGGCGCCGACGUCUUUCAGCCCAUCCUUUCGGUCCCGCUCAACUUCCCCAUCCCGACCGACAUCUCGACCCUCGGGCCCGCCUACCUCCUCCUCGUCCAGUUCAACCCUUUGUGCCUGUCGGACACCGAGGCGGCGGCGGCCGGAGCCCACUUCAUCGCGCUCGUGCGGCACGCGACCGCCGGCUCUGCCGCCAGGACGUCGCCUGAUGUACCUGUAUCAGCACCUCUGCCACCUGUCGGCACGGCGGUCGGGCUCGCUGCGCCUGCGCCACCGGCGCCUGUCGAGCCUGCACACGACCCAGAACCGCCUCUCGCCAAGAUCCCUGUCGACCGCUGCAUCGUCUCGAGCAAAGGAGCAAGCUCCGAUCCUCAAUCGUCCCUCGUCCUCGACGUUAAGGGCGACGGCCUGAUCGUCUGCCGCAGCGGCGGCCGGCGCCUGUUCCACCUCGAGCCCGACAAGAUCCUCGACUUCACGUACUACGCGUCAGCCCCGAUCGACGGCACCUCGGCAGUCUCGCCGCCGACCAUCCUCCUGCGCCUCGCUCGCCUCGUCGCAGUACCGCACAAGCUGUUCUCGAGCUCGAUCGUGCGUCUCGAGUCGGCCCAGUUGUGCGAGGGCGACGCCGGCUUCGAGGUCCUGAGGUCGAGCAUGUGGGCGUGGGCGAAGCAGUUUGGAUUCGGGGCGCGGUCGUCGAGUGACCUGCCGCCAGACGAUACCUCCGUCGCUGCGCUCACGGUGUCGAAGCCUGCGCCGGCGCCGAGCGGCACGCCCACACCGCCAGCCGACCUCGCCAUGGUCGACCUGACGGCGUCGCCCCCGCCUCGCGCCGAUCCUCGCCCACCCACCCCUCCUGUCACCUCGACCACCGCUCCCGUCUCGGCCUCUCGACCUGCCCUCGCUCGCUCGACCACCCCCGACUCGGUCUCGGCGCCCAUGUCGAUGUCCGACGACUCGCCUUCCUCCUCGCGCUCAGCGCCCGCUCCGCCAUUCCUCGCCCACGUCGAGCUCCCGCUCGCGCGGUGCGCCGUCGUGCACCAGGAUGGCCAGGAGGACGUCGUCGAGGGUCCGCUCGUCGUGCGUGUCGAGGCCCGUGCGCUCGUCGUCGUCCCGAGUGAGGGGUCGGAGUUGCGCCUCGAGGCGGACCAGAUGGACGAGGUCGAGUCCCUCGACAUGCCGGCGCUCGACGGCUCGCCUGCCGUGACGACCCUCGCUUUCUCGCUCGCCGAGCUCGCGACGUCGGCGACGGCUACGCACCGCAGCGUCGUCGUGCGGCUCGGGAUCGAGAUCGACCCGGCGCGGGACGAGGCGGCGUGGGAGGGCCUGUACGGAGCGGUUGUGGCGUGGGCGAGCGACUUUGGCUUCGAGAUGGGGGUGCCGUCCGGGUCCGACGACUCGCCCUCUCCGGCAUCAGCGUCCAACGUCGUGCCGUACGACGACCUGUUCGUCGAGCGGUGCGUCGUCGUGCACCACGACGGGCGCAAGGACGUCUUCGACGGCCCGCUCGUCAUGCGCGUCGAGGCGAGUGCGCUCGUCGUCGUCCCGAGGGAGGGGUCCGAGUUGCGCCUGGAGGCGCGACAGACGCACGAGGUCGAGUACAUCGACAUGUCGACGCUCGACCACCCUUCCACUCGGACGACCGUCGCCGUCUCGCUCGCCGAGCUCGCUACGUCGACCUCGACCACGCACCGCAACGUCGUCGUCCGCCUCGAGAUCGACAGCGCGCGAGACGACGAGGCGUGGCAGGGCCUGUGCGAGGCGGUCAUGUUCAUGGCGGGCGAGUUCGGCAUCCGGCUCAAGGAGGACGGGGACGAUGAUGGCUCCGCCUCGCCAGAUGCGCUCGCGCCGGUCGAGCUCCACUCGGCCGUCCUCCCCGCCACGACCGACCCAGCCCCGAGUGCGACUUUGCCGUCGCCUCCGCAAGCGCCAUCUCCCACCCUCCUCCGCCCUACAUCGUCUCCCGUAGCCGCAGCGCACAACGAGCCCGAGAUCGCCGUCGCUGCGUCCACAAUGGCGAGCGGCACCCCUCCUCCGCCAGCCGACCUCGCCACGGCCGACCUCACGCCGCCAGCUCCUCCUGUCGAGCCGUACGCGCCCACGUCGUCCGUCGCCUCGACUUCCAUCACCUCCUGGCUCCCGUCCUUCCUUCGGCCUCGCCCCGCCGCCGCCCACCCGGCGCCGACCCCGACGAGCUCGUCCAGCACCUCGCGCGCGACCUCGUCGCACGUCGAGCUUUCCAUCGAGCGGUGCGUCGUCGUGCACAAGAGCGGGCGGGAGGACGUCCUCGAGGGUCCGCUCGUCGCGCGCGUGCAGGCGCAAGGGCUCGUCGUCGUCUCGAGGGAGGGGUUCGUGCUCCGGCUCGAGGCGGACCAGAUGGACGAGGUCGAGUAUGUCGUGCCGCCGACGCUCGAUGGGCCUGCAUCUCGGACGACUAUCGCCGUGUCGCUCGCCGAGGUCGCCACGCCGGCGUCGAUCACGCACCGCGCCGUCGUCGUUCGGUUCGAGGUCGACAGCGCGCGAGACGAGGAGGCGUGGCAGGGCCUGCGCGAGGCGAUGACGGCGUGGGCGGGCGAGUUCUGCUUCGAGACGAGGGAGACGAACUUCAUCAAUACUACCUCGCUAGCUGUACAAGCGCCGAUCGAGGCGCCCUCGCACUCGAGCUCGACCUUCCCGCCGCAGCCACUUCCACAGCCGCACCUUUCCACCCUCCCUCGCCCGCACGCGCCCGUGGCAGCCGCUGCGCAAGCCCCUCGCACCUCUCGGCUGCCGUCGGCUCUGCCGGCUCGUCCUCCCAAGGGCUCGACGCCGCCUUCGCCUGGGUCCGCCGACGUCGCCAACUCGCGCAUGUCGCGUCCGCGCCCGCCGUCGCCUGCGAAGCGGCCUGCGGCGAGCACGCGCCCGCUGUCGAACGAGUCGGGCACGCCGCCGCUGCCGUAUGGGCAGGGUGGGCCGUCGCCGUCCCGUCUUCCCCUCAAGCGCUCCCCUUCCCCUCCUGUCCGCCACAACCCUCCGACCCUCCCUCCUCCUCCACCACAACCUCGGCGCUCGCUCUCGCCUCGACGUCGACCCGAGCCUGCGCCCGACCGGCGUCGCUCUCGCUCGCCCGUCCGUCAGCGCGACUCGCUCGACUCGUCCAGGCGCCCACUUCCUCCGCCUCGCCGCUCGCCCUCCCCUCAUCGUCGCCCCUACUCGCCUCCCGCUCGUCGAGCCUACUCGCCGCCUGACCGCCGCCGCUCGCGCUCGCCCAUCCGCCGCCGCGACCCGUUCGACUCGCCGCCGCGCCGCGACCGCUCCCCGCCACCACGCCGGCGCGAGCGCUCGCCCGACGUGCCGCUGUACGCGUGGCGCCGCACGCCGUCGCCCGGCCGGCAGGGCGGCGAGCCGCGCUGGGGCCGCCGCGAGCACGAGUACGAGCGCGGGCGGGACCGCUCGCCGCCGCCGCCGAGGCGACGCUCGGACUACCCGCCAUCGCCUGAGCGAGGCCGCUCGAGUGCGGGGUCAGGGCGAGAUGAGCGGCAUGCGUCGUCGUCGUUCGAGACCAAGUGGUGGACGCGGUAG